AUGACAACGUCAAUAGCAUCAACAACGUGUACAAGAUGGUACACGUUGCGUCAAUUACAAAUCUUUCAAUUUUGCUUUGGCGCUUAUCUAACAAUUCAUUUUGCACAAUUAGUACCUUAUGCCACAGAACUAUUUGGUCGAACUGAUCACUCGACAACAUUAUUAAGUGUAUUUUUAUUUUCAUUAUCGCUUUUAUCUAUUGUAUUUGCUUUACGUUUAUUCGCUCCACGUUGUAUUGCUCUUUUACUUUGGUAUGGCUGGGCGUGUCUUUUCAAUCGAAAUGUUUUAAUAUCGAAUCCAGGCAUUCCUUACAUUGGCCUUCUUUUACUAGCAUUUAGUCUCAUUAAAAUCAAGAAGCGUCAAAAAGAUGACAAGGACGAUGAACAACUCGAACUCAGUACUCAAGUUUUUCCAUGGUUAUAUUGGGGUGCAUGGACUUUGUAUGCAUUAGGUUACACAAUAAGUGGUUUGCACAAAUUGCAAUCCCCAAGUUGGAUCGAUGGUAGUGCAUUACAUCAUGUUCUACGAUCUCCUCUAUCACGCGAUAAUGCUCUAUGCCAUUUUCUACUCAAUACUAAUCCAUUGAUAUUGCAAGUGUCGACUUGGGCAUCCCUAUUUGCCGAAAUCACAUUUCUACCUCUUGGACUUUUCUAUCAUACACGGAAAGCAUAUUGGCUCGCGUUUCUUGCACUUCAUCUCGGGGUGCUCAUGGUUGUUAAUUUUACUGAUUUAACAUUCGGUAUUCUAGCCAUGCACUUCUUUCUGUUCGAUCCACGAUGGUUUUUUUCGAUUAAUAUUUCCUCCGCACAUACCAAACUAGAAUAA